AGGUCAUGAUUCCUCCUUCUUCAGUCCACGACCUUGAUCAAUUUCCUUUGAAGUUUAUAAACUAUUUAAUUUCUAAAUAAAUAUGGCGGCGAUUUAUGUGUUUCGAUGACAGCUCCGAGUCUACGAAAUAUAGAUAGAUGGUCAACACUAAUAAAUCGUCUAAGAACGGACAAAACAUUGGGAACUAAUCGCUCGAGCAAUGAUUGACGCACAACAAAACACCGCCUAAUCCAUAACAAAAAUAAACGUAACGUCACAACAGAAAAGGAAACCGACAAUACAGGAAUUCUUCAAAAAAUCUCAUGACGAACAGAUCAUUCACCGGCACAGACACAACAUGCAGACUUGUCUAAAAAUAAAAUAGGAAUCACGGCCGUCCACAGCGACUCACGAAUUAUUACCAUUUCGCGCGGCAAACGACUCGACUGCCGCGAAUAUUUUCUUCAUAAAACUUGUGAUUUUUAAAAUUAUGAGUAUCGAGCGGCGAUCGUGUGUGAGCCAGGCUCCGCACGUGACCAAGCGCCUGCUGGCAAUCAUCGUGCUUCUGACGGGCCUGCUGUGCAUGUUCGGAGGCUACUUACUGGGUCGAAUGGCUCGCAUAGAACCAAGGAAAAGCAACGAGAUCCUGACAUACAAUUUGACGGUCCUAGCAGAUACCAUCUACAAAAAGGCCAAACGGAUACCGCCUAAACUAAUACACCAGAACGAUCCAGAUAAAAUUCAGAUUAAAUUGUUAGAAAUAUUCAACUGCACUCAUAUUCCCAGGUUUCCGAACAAAUAUAAUUUGGCAGAGUUCGUCAAGAAUUCUAUAAAUUAUCAAGUGACGAAAUUGAUGAAAUCUGUUAAUAAUGCUUCCGUUUAUUUGGACAGUCUUAGCUGACAUUGGUUAAUAAAGGUUUAGAUUUAUUACUAAUUUGGAAUGUUAUAUUUUUAACGAAGUAAAAACCGUGUUUCAAUUUUAUGUAUAAUAUUAGAUUACGUUAAAUCUAUCCAUGAUGGGGUGUAACCAUGAUUUAACAAAGCAAUUUUUAUUGAUACCGCUCUAUGCAGGUAUUUCUUUAAUUUCAAAAUCAUAAUAAUACCAAAAACAGAUCGUGGUUAGGCCUCAGCAAUAAAUGUGACCAAAUUUAAAAUAUUAUGUUUGGACUGUUUUUAGUUAGCUCAUAAAUUAAGUUCUUUGAUUUAUGCCAGUUUUGUGAUGUUGAUCGUCAAACUAUUUUGUAACUGGUGUAAUACCUACUACUUAUCUUGUUACAAUAUUAUUGGAUAUUAAGUAACUUAUUAAGAGCCGCUGGCGGCUGGCUGGGUUUUUUUAUUUUGUGUUGAUUUUUUUACGUCAUCGCAUUGCAUUGAAUUAUUGCGUGUCUCCUUAGUGUUCAAAUGAAAAGGAAGAUGCGGAAUGUGCUAAUAAUAAUUAAUAAAACCCGUACUUUAUUGCUAAUUCAACAGAAGUUGAGUAUCCGAAGUAUUUUAUUUUAUUGGCUUAACAAUUAUUUUAUGCUUUCUUAAACUUGUUCAUAUUAGGUACCUACAUACCGCGCAUUUUUUUUGUAAAAAAAUAUAUUUAAUUCUAUUAUUUCUGAUACAUGUUAUUGUUACUGAGCACUGCUUGCCCGACUAACCUUACAUAAAUAACACAAGCUG